GACGACGGUGAUUGGAGGACGCUGAGGAAGCAGGCACGCCCCCUUUCCACCCAGAACACUGAGGCCGCCCCCUCACGAACCAGGUCCGGCUCGCCAACGAGUCGCGCAGCAUUUGCGCCGCUGGCGGACCGAGGAACCGAAGCAGCGCGACGCUCGCUCGUUCCUCGCCCCGACUACUGCGUGCUCGUGCGUGUGCGCGUGACACCUAUGGCACGCCACUGAGCAGGGCCGACGACUCCCUGCCUACUUUUCCUCCAAUCGACCCCCCCAGAGGGUGUAUGGGAAGAGCUCCUGGAUGGACCUGGUCGAAAGCGGCUGGUCCAUGGUCAAGCGAGAAGCAUCCAGCAGCCCAGGGUCACCGGCCGAGCCGAGCUACCUGCAGCCCGGCGACAGCCGGCGCAGCGGCGGCGCCCGCACCCCGGACGAGCUGAGGACUCCCCCGGGGGACCUGGACGCGCUGGGCGGGAGAACGCUCCACCCGUACGCCCACUUCGGACUGGCGAGCUCCGGCGAGGACGUUCCGCUCUUUACGGAUCUAGACCAGGGCGGCAAGCUGGUGCUGUCCGGCGGGGCGCACAAGGCGGCCGCGGCGGGCCUCCUGGUGGACCCGUCGGACAUGUACCAGACCCUGGCCAUCGCCGCGGCGCAGAGCCAGACCGGAUACGAUUCCUCCUCGUCGGGGGCGUACAUGCACUCCAACCCCAACUCCCCCGUGUACGUGCCCAGCUCCCGCGUGGGCCCCAUGAUCCCCAGCCUGUCCUACCUGCAAGCCGGCGGUUCGGCCCAGCCGGGCCACGCCGUCUCCGGCCACCCGGUGUGGUCGCAGCCGGCCCCCGAGAGCCCGUCCUACGGCACCGGGAGCCCGCACGCCGCCCCCGGCCGCUUCCACUACCCGCCCAGCCCGCCCGUCAACAACGGCGCGAGCCGGGCGGACGUCGGCUACGGCAGCGCCCUGAACGCGGCCAACCGGGCCGAGCAGUACGGCCUCUCGCGGCCGCUCGGGGGCGCCUACCCGGGGGCCUACUCGCCCUACGUGCCCCCGCAGCUCUCCCAGCUGCCGUCGCCCUGGACGGGGGGGCCCUUCGACAACGGCAUGCUGCACACCUUGCAGAGCAGGGCCGCGCCCUUGAUUCGGGGUCCCAACGGAGUUUCGGAGCUCCUGGACGACAUGUCGGAGAGCCGCGAGUGCGUCAACUGCGGCUCCAUCUCCACGCCGCUGUGGCGUCGCGACGGCACCGGCCACUUUCUGUGCAACGCCUGCGGCCUCUACAGCAAGAUGAACGGCCUCAGCAGGCCGCUCAUCAAGCCGCAGAAGCGCACCUCGACGUCGCGGCGCAUCGGGCUGUCGUGCGCCAACUGCCAGACGAGCACGACGACGCUGUGGCGCAGGAACGCCGAAGGGGAGCCGGUCUGCAACGCCUGCGGUCUCUACACCAAAUUGCACGGGGUGCCUCGGCCGCUGGCCAUGAAGAAAGAAGGAAUCCAGACCAGGAAACGAAAACCCAAAACACUGAAUAAAAGCAAAGGGGCCUCAGGAAGCAGCAACCCGGUCGCCAUGACGCCCACAUCCACAUCUUCGUCCAAUUCCGAAGACUGCUCGAAAAGCGGCUCUCCCUCCACGCAAGUGUCCGGGGUCAGCUCGUCCGUGCUGGCCGGCUCGGGGGAGGCCCCCGCGCUCAAGUACCCGGGCCCGGAGGGUCUGUACGGCGCCGUGGGCCUGGCGCAGACCACCGACGUGGGCUCGGUGAGGGGAGAGGCCUGGUGCCCCAUGGCCUUGGCUUGAGCCACAGCGAGAGAGAGGAGACCCCGGACCCUCCUGUAGUGGAAGUACCGGGGCGAUAGCGAGGGUGGAGGUUGGGGGGGCAAUCCUUGGAUUUUGGAAUCCGGAUCGGCGCCGUGGGAUGCAUUUUUUUUUUCUUUUUUCCUGCGGACCAUAUACCUCCAAGAACGCCCACGCGCACGACGGCCCCCUCAGUGUACAGAACGGAUUUCCUCUCCCACCAUUUGGAUACUCAAAGACCAAUUUUUUUUUUUUUUUUUAACAACUGGAAUCAUCAUGCCUCAAGAAUCAAAAAAAAAAAAAAAGAAUAUUUAUAAAUCUCCCAUUGUUGAGAAGAUGAUUGUAAUAAAGUUCUGGAUGUAGAAUAGACGCUCAAGCUUUUCCCAUGUCUUCUUUUUCCGGUUCAAACAGGGUACCCUUGAUAUAGUUGUUGUUUAUUUUUGAUCUUGUUGGAUUAUUACGACCCCCCCCCCAAAAAAAACAAAAAGAAAACAACAAAACCCCCAAAAAAUAUGCAAUUAAUGCCUUUAAGGUACUCUUGACGAGACUGAAAACAAGCGCACCCACGUCGGCCUGACCAGCUUUCACCGCAAGAUGUUAAAAAAAAAAAAAAUUCCUUCUAAAGUGAAUAUCAAAAUAUGAGCUAUGUGUAUGAUGCUACCUUAGUGAGGACAAGCACUAUAUUAUGGAAAAUGUAUUUUAGAGUUCCGUGGCUGUGGUAGAACGUGAACAUCAUUCCAGGGGUGGGUUUGAUUCGGUGUUCUGUUCACCCCUGCAUGGGUGGGCGGUGUCCAAAAAAUUCUCUUUCACGCAUUUUGGCUUAUUUAUUUUCGUGUUUUUUUUUUCUUCCCCGCCAUUUUAGAAUUGUGUUUAGACAUAUUUUUAGGAUUUUAUUUUCUUCGCUUAAAUCCAGUCCAGUAAACUGUUUUGGUGUUCAUGAAUUUAUGUUUAGACAAUGUUGUGAAAAGUGUAGUGUUCCCCCCCCCCCUGCCCCGCCCUAUUGUUGGGCCCUUUUGGGGGGGAAAAGUGUUUUGACGAGUAAAUAUGUAUGUUAUUUUUUAGCAAGUAAAAUGCAAAUUUGUUUUUAAGGCUGACUUUGCUGCCACCACUUUUUUUUUUUUAAAUUAAAGGAAGCCUUCAUUAAUUAUGAUAGCAUUCUA